GGUUUUUAACGAUGAAGCCGGUGGGAUGUAUCGCUUGAGCUUGCAGGAUGGUUCUGUGAUUUGGUAUACCGCACCAUUUUUUGGUCCUGGCGGCGCGACCUUGGGCGGAGUGGCGUGCAGCCGAGAUGGAAAGGUGUUCAAUGGCUUCGCCACGGCUGAUAUGAAAAGUGGCGGCCUAAGCGCCUUCGACGUGCAGACGGGGCAACGGUUGUGGACCAAGUGGGUUACCGCCCCCGUGCACAAUGCCCCCGCGAUCGGAAGGAUCCACAGUCAUGACCGUGAAGCAGUAAUCUUUGCCAUGGGCCUCCCAACAGGACACCCUUUGGGUCCAGCUGUUUGGACCAACGGAACGGUCUAUGCUGUGGAUGCUCAAACUGGAGACUUCAUUUGGACCUUUGAGCCGCCAGCUUGGUACGGUGCGUCAUGUGCGGGCUCCACCCUAGAGCAAAUUUGCAUGCCGGACCUCUUUUCAGGCGCUACCGUCUCCAAGGAUGGAACUGUCUAUAUCAACUGGUCGGCUGGAGGCAUUACCUACGCCCUUCGAGACUUGAACAAGGAUGGCAGGUGUGAGCUGCAUGACUCGGAGGAGGUCUCUGGCUUCGACCUGGGCUCCGGUGCCACUGGCCCCCCUGCGCUG